AUGUUUCUCAGGUUCGCGAUUAAAAAGCUUGGUAUCGAUCCAACGCCGCGUACAGCUGUCUACACGAUCCUGGUCACUUUAUCACCAUUCAUCUUUAUUGCUCUAUUCGCCCUCACACAACGCGACAGGCCUUCGCCUCCACCAGCAGGGUGCCGGAAACUUGGUGUUAAAGGCCGCGGCAACUUUGAGGACCAGUACUCGAAGAAGUACGCCAAAGGCGGGGAUGCAACCAAGGAGAAGCCAUGGACCGUCAAAGCGUUGUUUAUCUACCCAUUGAAGUCAGCUGGACCUAUCGAAUUGGACAAGAGCGAAGUUCUUCGUACUGGCCUCAAGUACGACCGCCAGUUCACCCUCGGACAGUAUGUGACGAGUAUGCCAAGUCUCGAUGGAAAGGUCACAAGCGAAUGGCACUUUUGCACGCAACGCAAGUUCCCACGCCUAGCCAAAGUCGAGACCGAAAUCUGGGUUCCGGAUCCAUCUGCACCUGGCUAUGACAAGGACGGCGAGUGGGUCAAGAGCGAGGGAUGUCUGCUGAUUCGCUUCCCGUUCUCACAAGAUACAGAUUUUUCGAUCGAAGGCCUUAAGAGCUGGGGCAAGAUCCUUGCCGCUCAGAUGGCGGGCAAGUCAGAGCCAAUGCUGGAGAUCAGAGUCCCGUUCAACCCAUCUAAAGAGCGCAUUAAGAGUAAGGGCUACAAGAGCGAAACACUGCGCAUCUGGAAGGACUCGCCAGUAGUCCUGAACAUGGGUUGUGAAGUUGACCCAGAACUGCUUGCAAAGCUGAAGUACACAAUUGGCACUACCAACCCCAUCACCCUGUUCAGGAUCGACACCAGUAAGUACCGCGAGGUGUACAAAUGCGCGCCCAAGAAGGAAGACGUGGGCUUUCAAACAGCCAUUGGCAUGCAGGACUCGUACCCAGUGCAUAUUCUCAACCUCGCCUCAGUCCACGACGUUGCCGACAAGCUCCCCAAAGGCGACACUCCACACAACAUGUUUAAGUUCCCCAUCAUCAACGCCCUCCGCUAUAGAGCCAACAUCUACUUCACCGGUCCUCCAGCUUUCUACGAGGAUACCUGGACGAAGGCAAAGAUCGGGUCGACGCCCUACCACAUCUCUUGCCGCACAACACGCUGCAAGCUGCCCAAUGUUGACCCUGAAACCGGUGUUGCCGAUCCCAACGAGCCGCUGACUACAAUGCGCAAGUACAGAGUGAUCGAUGAGGGCAGUAAGAAUGCUGUUUUGGGUAUGCAGGUCAUACCGUUGGAGGCAGGAGAGGUAAAGGUUGGAGACACAAUCGAAGUCCUGGAGACAGGAAGCCAUUUCUUCCUCGCAGGGGAUGGCGAGAAGGUCAUGGGCUGA